GCUUCUCCCCACGUGCCGUUCCCCCAUCUAUUCUCCCGACCUGCGACCUCCGCAGCUCCUGGACUUUGCAGGUCCUCUGAAAACCUGCCCUCGCUGAGACCCUUCCCCACCCCCAAUUUUUAACUGCUCUUCCCCUUCUCCUCUCCCAAAUUCAAGGUGGGAACCUUUCCCCUUCUUGGACCAAAACUGCGGUCAGACCAAAGUCAGACUUGUCCUGCAGCGGGAGCUCCGUCUUCUUGGAGCCCCUCCCCACUUUCCCAGAAAGGCCUGGGCCUUCCUCUCCCUGGCGCUGGCCUGGCACCGGCUCCCUGGGCACCUCAGUUCCUCCCACUCCCAAAUGACCUUCUCCUACCAGGCAUUCCCGAGUCCUCAAGCACACUUUUCUCCAUCAGAAACACUUGGAAGGGCUUCCCCGGGUUCAGUCAGUCCUUUUCUCCAUCUCAUGAUUUGUCCCUUAGGCCCCCUCCCCCUUCCAGACUUUCUGCCUCUCCCCAUUGCCUUGGGGGGCUCCAGAGCAUUCGGGCCAAACUCCCGAUCCAGACAUAGGGAUGCUUUGGCAGCAUACUGACUUAGUUUUAAAGUGUAACUUUCUUUUUAUUAUAUUUACUUUGAUUUUGUUUAAUAUUUCUCAGUUACAUCUCUUUUCCCCAUAGAUUAAGCUGGAUCCUCUUUUCUCCAUUCCCUGCCCUCCUCUGGGGCAUUGUGUUGAGGUACCUCUUUUUUUCCCCUUAUUCCUUCUGUGGAAUUCUGUUCUCAUCUUCCUCCAUUCUCUUCUGGAUCCUUCAAAUGUCCCUUUAUUUACUUAGAUCCUUUUUUCCUCCUAAUUAGAGGAUUUCCCAGUGAUCCCCCCUCUCCUGGUGCUGUCCAUCCCUUCCCUGAGCUUUCCUUGGUUCCUGAGCCACCCAAUGGCCCCCUCCCAAAACUUCACCAAGGACUGUUCAUCCUCUUUGGGGCUCCAUUCCUCUUUUUUAAAAAAAAAAAAAAAUUUUUUUUAAAAAAGACAAAAACAAGCAAGAACCAAAAUCUGCCCUCCCUUUGUUUCUGCCCAAGUCCCUACUGGGCCUUCGUGGUUUUAUCCUUGACUGGGACCUCAAACAAAAGCCGGCCCCGGCCCAGUCAGUUCUUCUUAAACCUCAGCAGUCCAUUUAAAUGGCUAGAGAGUUAUUCAGUACUUUGUGCUGGGGACACCGGGAUAAAUAAUUCCUGCCCUGUUUAUUCAGGACCACAGUAGGGAGAUGAAGAAACGGACUUAAGCGUGUAAGAGAUUGGGAUGUGAUUAAGUAAUUAGGGUACAUGAGGAAACAAGUACCUGAAAAAUGAGCGAGGGAGGAAUGGCCAGGAAGGCUCCAUGGAGGAGGUAGCCCCUGAAUUGGGCCUUGGAGGACUUGAGCAAGUAGAGAGCAGAUAGGGAAUGGAGGGGCACAGAGACAAGGUAGGGGAGGAAGUUUAGUUUGGGGGCUCCUUGAUUUAGGCAGUUGGGUCAUGGAGAGGGCCUUUUCCUGCUGAGGAUUGGUCCUCAGAGCUGCAUCUUUAGGUUUCUGGGGCAUUUGCAUAGAGGUGAUAAUUGAAGUCAUGGGAAGAGAUGAGAUCACAAAGGAAAGAGAUUAGAGAAAAGCUGGAUGAGGACACCCUUGGGAGAUGGUCAUACCUGGGAGGCCAGAGAGAGCCCAGAAAUGGAAGAGGAGUGCCAGGGGGAGCCCCUGAAUGGGAGGGGGCUUCUGGGAACCAGCUCUUUGGGACUCUGCUUGAGAAGGAACCUCUCUGACCACACACCAGACAAGCGGCCAUCCCCGAAGCUGGCCUGUUCUUGAGCAACCCCAAGGCUUGGCCGCCACCAUGUGGCAUGAGGCCCGGAAACAUGAACGGAAGCUUCGGGGCAUGAUGGUGGACUACAAGAAGCGUGCUGAGCGCCGCCGAGAAUACUAUGAGAAAAUUAAAAAGGACCCUGCCCAGUUCCUGCAGGUGCACGGCCGGGCCUGCAAGGUGCACCUCGAUUCGGCGGUGGCCUUGGCUGCUGAGAGCCCUGUCAACAUGAUGCCUUGGCAGGGAGACACCAACACCAUGAUCGACCGGUUUGAUGUUCGCGCCCACCUGGACUACAUCCCCGAGUAUACUCCCCCACUGCUGACAACUAUCUCUCCAGAGCAGGAGUCUGAUGAGCGCAAGUGCAACUAUGAGCGGUACCGAGGCCUGGUGCAGAAUGACUUUGCUGGCAUCUCGGAGGAACAGUGUCUGUACCAGAUCUACAUUGAUGAGCUCUACGGGGGCCUGCAGAAACCCAACGAGGAAGAAAAGAAAAAGCUGGCGGAGAAGAAGGCCUCCAUCGGCUACACUUACGAGGACAGCACCGUGGCCGAGGUAGAGAAGGCCUUGGAGAAGCCAGAGGAGGAGGAGUCGCCUGGGGAAGAGGAGAGCAACUCAGAUGAGGAUGAGGUCAUCCCUGACAUCGAUGUGGAAGUGGACGUGGACGAGCUGAACCAAGAGCAGGUAGCCGACCUGAAUAAGCAGGCCACGACCUACGGCAUGGCUGACGGGGACUUUGUGAGGAUGCUGCGGAAGGACAAGGAGGAGGCUGAGGCAAUCAAGCACGCUAAGGCCCUGGAGGAGGAGAAGGCCAUGUAUUCGGGCCGCCGAUCCCGGCGACAGAGGAGGGAAUUCCGCGAGAAGAGGCUGAAGGGUCGUAAGAUCAGCCCCCCAAGCUACGCACGCAGAGACAGCCCCACCUAUGACCCCUAUAAGCGGUCACCGUCCGAGUCCAGCUCCGAAUCUCGCUCCCGCUCGCGGUCACCGACGCCGGGCCGGGAGGAGAAGAUCACCUUCAUCACCAGCUUCGGGGGCAGUGACGAGGAGGCGGCGGCCGCUGCUGCCGCCGCCGCCGGUGCUGGGGCUGCGCCGGGGAAACCUCGGGCUGGCCAGCCCCCGAUGGCCCCGCAGCCAGGCGGUGGCCCCGCGCCAGGUCGUAACGCCAGCUCCCGCCGCCGCUCCAGCUCCUCUUCCUCCAGCACCUCCAGCACUUCCACCUCCACUUCACGGUCGAGCUCCCGCUCUCGCCGGGGGGGCCACUACCGGCCGGGUCGACACAUGCGCUCCCGCUCCCGUUCGCGCUCCCGCCGCUACUCACGCUCCCGGAGUCGGGGCCGGCGUCACUCUGGAGGCGGCUCGCGAGACGGGCGCCGCUACUCCCGCUCACCCACCCGCCGUGGUUACGGGGCUCGGCGGCGAUCCAGGAGCCGCUCCCGGUCGGGGGAGCGCUACCGCCGAGGGGGCCGGGGUCCGCGGCAUCGGAGCAGCAGUCGCAGCAGCUGGUCCCCCAGCCUGUCCCGCAGCCGCAGCCGUAGCCACAGCCACAGCCACAGCCGCAGCCGCAGCCGCAGUCGCAGCCGCAGUCGCAGCCACAGUCGCAGCCGCAGCCAUACCCACUCCCCAUCACCCCUGAGGGAGAAGCUGACGAGGCCGGUGGCGUCCCCAGCCGUGGGGGAGAAGUUGAAAAAGGCCGACACAGCUUCGGGUAAAGAGACAGGAGCUGCCAAACCCAAGCUGACCCCCCAAGAGAAGCUGAAAUUGAGGAUGCAGAAGGCCCUCAACAGGCAGUUCAAGGCGGAUAAGAAGGCGGCGCAGGAGAAAAUGAUCCAGCAGGAGCAUGAGCGGCAGGAGCGAGAGGAUGAACUCCGGGCCAUGGCCCGCAAGAUCCGCAUGAAGGAGCGGGAACGGAGAGAGAAGGAGAGAGAGGAGUGGGAGCGUCAGUAUAGUCGACAGAGCCGAUCCCCGUCCCCCCGAUACAGUCGUGAAUACAGCUCCUCCAGGAGGCGUUCACGGUCCCGUUCUAGAAGUCCUCAUUACCGACACUAAUGGGAUUGGGGAGGGG